UAUGAGUUUGCUCACCGACGUCAUUUACGCCGUUUUGAUAUAAAUAUAAGUUGAGGUUAUUAGGAUGAGUCCUAUCAAUAAUGAAACAAAUUAUCGGCCAACAUCAUUAGGAGAAUACUUUAUUCCUAGCCCGAACUUGGAUCCAACAACCAAAGCGAAAUUGCAGUAACAGUUGCCCACGCAAUGGGUUGCAUGACUUCGAAACAAAAGGGCCAGCGAUCCCUCUUCAAGAAAGACGCUGCCGCAGACCAAAACCCCCCAGCAACCGCUGGCACCACCACAUCCAGCGGCUCCACCGCGACCUACGUGGAGAAGCGAUCCUCCCAGCAGCCACCAUCUUACACCACCGGGGCCGCUACUGCCACGGCAUCAACCAGCCCUGGUGAAACCUCCCCCAUCACAUUUCCAAAUUCCUCCGUCCAGCCUGCCCACUACACGGGCCUCACGCAGAACGAGGAAAGGCUGCGGGUGCAGAUCAAAGAGCGCAGGAAGCGUCGCGAGGAGGAGCAGAAGCGCGCGGCGGCCGAGUCUCGACGCAAGUACGCCGCUGCCAAGACGCAGAGUCACAAGAGAGGUUAUGGCUCCUCGGGUACCAGGCGGAGCAGAGGCAGUGGUGACGGCGGUGGAGGGUUCUUUUUUGGGCCGAGCAUCGACUAUGGAGGUGGCAGCUCUGGGGGCUACAGCGGAGGUGACUCUGGUGGGUGCAGUGGUGGUGAUGGCGGCGGCGGUGGAGGAGGAGGUGGUGGAGAGUAAGAAUACGGAGACAUAUGGAGUAGUGUGUUAGUUCAAGAUUAUGGGAAUGUUUUUUUAUGAUUAGACCGAUAAUGUCCAGUAUUUACCCUGGAACUUUCAUCAAAGACAUGUUACGUUCUCGGCAAUUUUGUCAGUAUAAAAUGA